AUGGCAAACGAACGUUUAUCGGGAAUCUUCUCGCACUUGAAGCCAACCAUUUACACUAGCGAUGCCGAACCACGCGACAAUGCCCCCCGAAGCGAAUACAAGAUUUUGGAACAACCACUGGGUAGCACACGACCUCUGCGCAUUAUCGGCAUUGGCGCUGGAGCAAGUGGUCUGAACAUGAUAAGGACCCUUCGGAAGCAUCUCACUGAUUAUGAGCAUGUUGUGUACGAGAAAAACCCGGCGAUCGGAGGGACCUGGUACGAGAACCGCUAUCCUGGUUGUGCCUGUGACGUCCCCUCGCACAAUUAUCAAUUCUCAUGGAGGCCGAAUCCUGAAUGGACAAGCUUCUUCUCUCCUUCGGCUGAGAUUCAGCAGUAUCUGGCGAGCUUGUGCGAAGAAGAAAGCAUGUCUCCUGCGAUAAAGCUGGAGCAUAGGGUUGUGGGUGUCCAGUGGGAUGAUGACAGAGGCGUCUGGAAUGUGAAAGUCGAGAACAUGCAGAGUGGAGAAAUUAUUGAUGACUAUUGUCACUUUCUGCUCGAUGGGAGUGGAAUUUUGAAUAACUGGAAAUGGCCUGAAAUACCUGGUCUUUUUGAAUUCCGAGGUGAACUUGUUCACAGCGCGAACUGGGCAGAUGAUUUCAAAUAUGAAGGCAAGAAAGUCGCCGUUAUCGGGAACGGGUCCUCCGGGGUUCAGAUCGUUCCAGCCAUGCAGCCUUCUGUUCACCACCUUUUCCAUUUUAUACGCUCCCCUACAUGGCUGUCCCCUUCCCGACGUGACAUCAUGGGAUCGGAACUGGAGAAUAUUCAAAUUGAUUCCAACGGAAAAUUCACACCCCAGCAGAUUGAGAAGUUUCGUUCCGACCCUGUCUUAUACCGGAGGUUUGUCAAGGCUAUGGAAGUGCGUGUCAACGGCAACUUCCCCAUAGUCAUUAACGGCAGCCCCGUAUCGGAAAUGGCCAAUCAGGUCCUACAGGAUCAUAUGCGUAACGCCUUGAAGAACGACGAACAACUCUGCAAAGCUCUGAUUCCCAGCUUCCCAGUCGGCUGCCGCAGGUUGACCCCUGGAGUGGGCUAUCUUCCAUCUCUGACAGAAGCAAAUGUCACUGUUGUGACUGAUAGAAUCGAGAGGGUCGUACAACAAGGAGUGCAACUCAGCAAUGGAGAAAUUAUCGAAGUAGAUGCGAUAGUCUGUGCUAGCGGGUUCGAUGUCUCAUUCCGACCUCGUUUCCCAAUUAUCGGCAAAACAGGCAAUCUUCAGGAUCUGUGGUCACAGCAACUACCUGAGGCUUAUAUGUCAUGUGCUGUGCCAGGAUUUCCAAACUAUUUCAUGUUCCUUGGUCCUGGCGCCCCGAUUGGGCAUGGAAGUGUGUUCACCAUCUCCGAACACAUUGCCAAAUAUGUCACUCGUGUUAUCAUCAAGUGCCAGACAGAGAGAAUUAGGGCCAUAACAGUGUCGAAGUCGGCAACUGCGGAGUUUAAUGAGCAUCUCCAAACGUUCAUGCCAAAGACUGUGUACACCGGAAGUUGCCGUUCAUGGUACAAGAAUAAUACCGUUGAUGGUCCGGUUAUUGCACUUCACCCAGGUAGUCGUAUUCAUUUCUUUCAUAUGCUCCAAGAGCUUCGCGGUGAGGAUUGGGAGUAUGAUUACCUCGAUCGAAGCCCAAACCGAUUUGCAUAUCUGGGAAAUGGAUUCUCGACAAAGGAGCUGGGAGAUCAAGACUCGACUUGGUAUUUGGACAGUCCUGAUGAUCUGUGA